AUGUUGCAAGAUCAAUUUAGGAUUAGUGUAAAUCAUGUACAUGCUUUGGGUGUUCUGGUGUUGACUUUUCAUUAUUACAAGAACCCAUUAGCAAUCGAUCAGGAAACAUUUGCAGAAUACACAGCAAGAACAACAUUUGAGCGACCUUUGUUGAGUGGAGUUGCAUAUGCACAAAGGGUAAUGAAUUACGAGGGAGAAGACCUCCAGAGACAACAUGAUGGGACCAUAAGAACAAGGACGAAAGAGCCCUCACCAUUUCGUGACGAAUAUGCCCUUGUAAUUUUCGCCCAAGAAACCAUUUCCUAUCUUAAAUCGGUAGAUAUGAUGUCUGGCAAGGAGGGCAACGAGAACAUAUUGAGGGCUAUACUAACUGGGAAAUCCGUGCUCGCAAGCCCUUUCAAGCUUCUGGGUUCUAAUCAUCUAGGGGUAGUUUUGACAUUUCCUGUGUACAAAUCAAAGCUUCCACCAAACACAUCUGUUCAAGAACGCAUCGCAGCUACUGCCGGCUUUGCAGACAGUGACACUUUUACCCGAUUCAAUGGCAAUCUCAGCCAGGGAGCUCGUCAUGCACCGCAACUACUCAUGCCUAAUAAGUGAAUAAACCCACUCUCUUAAGAAUAUGCAGCUUACCCUGCUCAAUGGCUCUAUCUUUUAUGAAUAGUUUGUGAUGAGUCAUCGGUC